AUAACGUAUCAAGAUAGGUCAAAAAAAGAUCGAAGUUUUAAAAGUUAGGUUAGUACUUACAAGAAUGGAUAAAUUCAGGAAAUUAUUCCAAAAAAUAUGUUCUAUUAUUGGAAUGAUCCACGUUGGAGCACUUCCAGGUUGUCCUAAAUAUUCCGGUUCGAUUAACGAUAUAGUUAAAAAAGCUUGUUACGAAAGUGAGCUGUAUUUAAAACACGGAUUGCACGGAAUAUUAGUAGAAAAUAUGCACGAUAUACCGUACGUCCAAUCUAAACACUUCGGUCCCGAAGUAACGGCUUCCAUGUCGAGAAUAUGCACCGAAUUGAGGAAAAUUAUACCUCGAACGACACCUUUCGGCAUACAGGUGCUUUCGUGUGGUAAUAAAGAAGCUCUAGCGAUCGGUAAAGUUUGCGAUAUGGAUUUUAUUAGAGCAGAGGGGUACGUUUUUAGCCACGUCGCCGAUGAGGGUUUAACAGACGCCAACGCUGGGUUGAUAUUGCGAUAUAGAAAAACCAUCGGGGGUGAAAAUAUAUUAGUUUUCACUGAUAUUAAGAAAAAACACAGUUCCCAUGCCAUCACUGGAGAUAUUUCUACAGUGGAAACUGCUAAGGCUGCGGAAUAUUUUCUUUCCGACGGUGUUAUCCUUACAGGAGCUGCGACAGGAGAAGCUGCGGAUGUUGAAGAGCUGCAGGAUGUGAAAAGGGCGGUUCGAGUUCCUGUUUUGAUCGGGUCCGGUGUUACGUAUGAAAAUGUCGAGAAUUUCAAAUCGGCUGAUGGUUUAAUUGUCGGUUCUUAUUUUAAAAAAGGGGGAAAGUGGGAUAAUGAUGUCGAUGGGGAUAGGUUGAAAAAGUUUAUGGGGAAAAUAUCUUGUUGGGAAUAAAUUUUUUUAAUAGAAAA